UUUGCGCGAGUGAACGGGCAUUGAUACGCGGUUCGCGGUUUUCAUUUUUCCUUUAUUUGCAUCGCAGUGUGCGAUUCAGGCAGGUUGAUUUCAAGAUCCCGGUCAGCUGUUCCGGUCCGGCUCCGUGGGGCUUUCGGUGGAAUCGAUUGAUGGUAUACUGUUGUUGUUGUUGUUGUUGAGAUUUAUUCCAGAACAAAAACAGGAAGAGGUGGAUUUUUGUUUUCGUGCGUGCCUGUGUGGGUGUUUGUUUGAACGCAAGGGGGAGUGCUCAGUUUUCGAAUAGUGUGCACACGUGUGCAGUUGAACGGAUGCAGUGCUGGUGUUCUCUUGAGCUGCAGAACACAAGAUUGUUGGUGAAAUAGAAAAUUGAUGGAGAGAGCGGGCACAGUGAAGUUGUCUUCGGAUUAUUAAUAGAUUUAUUGAUGAUACACAGUUAAUAAUUUAAUUGGCACCAUCGAGCGUCUGUGCGAACACGAAGAAGGAGAGAACGAGGGAAUUUGGAGAAAGAAGCGUGUGCGUGUUAAAUGUGUAAGCCCUAGUGUUGCACUCGAUCGGUUGUUGAUCAAAGAAGGCGACCAAAACCGAAGUCGAAGAGAUGUGCGAGAAAGUGAAAAGGCAACAAUAAUUAGGUGCACAUGAGAAGUACGAAAUAAGGGGCUCAACAUAAUAAGCUCGCUCGUUUUCACGAUAUUCAUCCGAAGAAGUUGACGGCGAAGAAGAGGAAGAAGCUUUGCCAAAGUGCGCUCGCCGCUACGAGUAUGUGAUGAUGUUAUUUUUAAGUGAAUGAAAAAUUGGAGGCAAUUUAGUAAGCGCCACGUGAAGUAGUGAAGUGAGAACGAUUUAAUUGUCAAAAUAGAAAUUAGGUGGAUGAAAUUCGACUAAUUGGAGGAUAAUUCAGGCGAACGGGCGGUAGGCAACGUUGGAUGAAGUAAUACUCGCACGCUCGUACGGGAGUUGAACUUGGACCGGCCCAGGAAGGAGGAGAUUGGUGCGUGACGGCGUUGACGGCUUGGCUGCGGUUGUCAUCAAGAGUAGUUUUUCUCUUCAUUCCGCUCAUCGCGCUUUGUUUCGUUCGGCCGGUGUUUGAUUUGAGCGAACGGGCCGAAAAUUGAAUAGCCAUCUGACAGCUCACCGAUUGCCACUGUUAAAACAUAACCAAGAACUCCAUCGAACCAACGAAACCCAGCUCCCAGUAAUGACGGAUUGAGUGUUGAAUAACUUUAUCAAGCGGCAAAGCGCAUUUCCUGUGACGGACAAUCGACGCUGAUAGCAAUCUCCGCUGCAAGAGCUCGCGGUUUUAAGUGAAUAAGUGAAAGGUGUUCAACUACCAAGGUGCAAGAACCGGAAGCGGAAAAGACUCGUCCCGCAAUGGGAAUGCACUAUCGAACCAUAACCACCAGUACCAACGUUCGAAUGACGACGGCGCUUUGGCUCUGUCUGUUGGUCUCAUCGAUCCGGUUGACAAAUGCCCAAUACCGUUCGCCCCGUAUCACGGAACACCCGAGCGAUGCCACCGUGCCGAAGAAUGACCCGGUUACGUUGAACUGCAAGGCGGAAGGUAAACCGCUACCGAUCGUCCAGUGGUACAAGGACGGCGAGCUUGUCAAAUUGGACUCGAACCAUGUGCUUCUUCCGUCGGGGUCAUUGUUCUUCCUGCGGACGCUGCACAGCAAGAAGGAACAGGACGACGGGGUGUACUGGUGUGUGGCCAGCAACAAGGCCGGUACGGUGCACAGCCGGAACGCGACGCUGCAGGUUGCAGUACUUCGGGACGACUUCCGGGUGGAACCCAAGAGCACCCGAGUGGCAGCCGGUGAGACUGCCCUCUUGGAAUGUGGGGCACCCAGAGGAAAUCCAGAACCCUCCAUCAUUUGGAAGAAGGAUGACAUCCAACUGGACCUGGACGACUACCGAGUCAGCAAAGAUCUGGCCCGAGUGCGAGUGGUCGACAGUGGGAACUUGCUAAUCAGUGACGUCCGCCCCGGUGACGCCGGUCGUUACCAGUGCGUCGCUCAGAAUAUGGUCGGCUCACGGGAAAGCAUCUACGCCAAGCUAACCGUACAAGUAAAACCAUACUUCAUUGCCAAACCGAGUGAUCUCACCGUGCUGGAGGGCAAUCGAGUCCAGUUCCAGUGUGCCGUCGGAGGAGAUCCGUUUCCGCAGGUGCUGUGGAGCAAGGAGAAUGGACACAUCCCGGUGGGCCGAGCGGAGAUUUUGGAGGAAGAUCGAAGUUUGGUCAUCAGGAAUGCAACGCCCGACGAUCUGGGGCAGUACAUUUGCGAGGCACAUAAUAGCGUGGGGCAGAUCAGUGCCCGGGCGAAUUUGGCUGUCAACACUCCCCCGAGUUUCACCGUCCGGCCACAGGAUCAACGGGUCGUACCGAAUGGGUUGGCCACGUUCCGCUGUGGAGCCAGCGGCAGUCCGUCGCCGUCGGUUUUCUGGACCAAGGAGGGCUCGCAGACGCUCAUGUUUCCGAACAAUACCUACGGGAGUCUGCAGAUCUCCGGGCAGGGGUCGCUGCAGAUUCGCGGAGUGCAGCGGGAGGACGAGGGCUACUAUGUGUGCUCGGCGCUCAGCGUGGCGGGGUCCGUCACCAGUCGGGUGUAUUUGCAGGUCACCUCAUCGCUGGACUCCAUCACGCCUCCCCUCCUUCAGCUGGUCCCAUCGAAUCAAUCGCUUCCGACUGGAUCUAGCACCGUUCUACCAUGCCGUCUUGAACCGUCCCCAUCUUCCAGCAGCACCAGCAAUCCAUCUGACGGUCGCAUCACCUGGGAACGUAACGGCUUCGAACUAUCCCUGGCAUCAACCACCCGCUUUACCCAGCUCCCAGCCGGGUCCCUCAAGAUUGACGAUUUGCAAGCCCAGGACAGCGGUUGGUAUCGGUGCGUAGCCUGGACCGGACAGUCGAUGGCAUCCGCCUGGAGUGCGUACUUGAUGGUCGAAGACAACCUUCCCGCAUCGCAGCAGCGAACAUUCAACUCUGAACUUCUCCCGACGGCUCCCGGUUCGCCCAAAGCCCUAAACAUCACCAACAGCAACGUAACGCUGGCUUGGUCCCGCAAUGCACCGCUGGACAAAUCCCGUUCCCUCACCUACACCAUAGAACAAUUUAGCCCGGACGGCAACUCCCAAGACAACCCGGCCGAAAGUGGUUGGCAAAUCUCCCUGCGCCAGCUGGCUGGCAACACUGCCACCGUCACCGGCCUCCGUCCGGAAACGUCCUACAUUUUUGUCGUUCGAGCGGAAAAUGCGUACGGGUUUUCGGCCCCCUCGUCCGUCUCGGUGCCAAUCCGAACGCUUUCGUCGGACGACCGCGUCACCGUGCCGGAGGAGCUGGAAAGCGCACGGAACGUUCUCAGCGGGAAGAUUCUCGAACUGAUCGACAUCAUCCCGCUGUCGUCCACAUCGGUUCGGCUGGAGUGGCUCCUGCAUGUGAGCAGUUCGGAGCAGUACGUCGAAGGGUUCUACGUACGCUACCGGGAGCUAGACUCGAAAACCCAGCGCUACUCGAUGCUAUCAAUUCCGAACAACGAAAUCGAGCAGCACAUUAUCACCAAUCUGUCCAAAUUUACCAAGUACGAAUUCUUCCUAACGCCGUACUUCAAAAACCUAGAAGGUCAACCGAGUAAUGCCCGAAUUGUACAAACGAUGGAAGAUCUGCCGUCGGCUGCGCCUGGCAACAUACAAACCGGUAUGCUAAACCUGACCGCUGGGUGGGUUCGAUGGAGUCCACCAGCGAAGGAUCAAUUGAAUGGUGUCCUGCAGGGCUACAAGAUCCAAGUCAAGGUGGGGAAUAUAUCGAAGCUAUUGGCCCAGAUGACACUGAAUGCGAGUACGACAUCGGUGAUGCUGAACAACCUGACAACAGGAUCGAGCUACAGCAUUCGGGUAGGGGCGUUCAACCGAGUUGGCCUUGGACCAUACUCGAAACCGGUGCAUCUGGUGAUGGACCCAUCGUUUGUGAUCGUUCCUCAAGGAGUUCACAAUAGCUACAAUGAGUACGAAAAUUUUCGCCAUCAUAACUUUCUGCACGAGACGUGGUUUAUGAUCUUCGUGGUGCUGUCGUUGUUCGUAAUCCUGCUGUUUACGAUCAUCGGUGGGGUGAUCUUUUUCAAGCGUCGACAAGGUUUGGGUAAACCAGUUGUGACGGUUCCGAUCGGAGCGAGACGGGAUUUGCCGAACCUAAGCGUUUCGCGGAAGGACAAUGGGAUUUGGAUCGACCGCGGUUGGAGAACCUGCGAUACCGAUAAGGACUCGGGUUUAAGUUCGAUUAAACUGUUGGAAGGGAAUCAGAUCUAUCCGAAUCAAGCGAUGUCCGAUGGUGGUACGGAUUACGCCGAGGUAGACCCAAGAGGAGUUACGUCGUUUUACAACUGUCGAAAGUCUCCGGAGAGUCCAACUCCUUAUGCUACUACCAUGCUCAUCAACGGGAUUCCUCACAGCGAGAACGGUGACCUGAGCUAUCAGGGUCACGAUACCUUCUCGUCGACGUCUUCCAGUUUCCGGUCGUUCUACGGAUAUCCAAGGCCACCGAAUGGGAAUCAAGUCCCACCCAAUUGGGUUGACUACCUGCCGCCACCACCGGAGCAUCCACCACCGGCUCCGCAGCCAUUGGACAUCAACCAUCUGAAUCACGUGUAUCCGUCGGAGCUGGUCGGUACCAUGUCCAGUUCCCAAGCUAGUUCCUACUGUUCGCGACGUACCAGUGGCUACAAGUGAGACCUCGCCACCGCUCGCAUCAACAAUCACUACCUGAUCAGUCCAACGGAUGCCUUCCCGCCGAUCCAUUUCUACUAGCGAUCGCCAAAGGCGGGGGGCGUCCGGUAGAGACAAGAUGUUAACAACAAUCACUUUCGUGGAUUUAAAUUGCAUGCAGUAGAGGGAGGGGAACGGCCUGCUGUACGACGAUCACUUUGAAGUUCCCCCCCAAUAAGUUCCGCGAAAGAAAGUUAAUACCACGACGAUUACGGGCUGGAAGCAAUUGAGCCCUUUUGGUUGCCAGAUAGCACAUUCUCCGAAUUGGACAUUCCCGCUGCUGAUGGGAACGAUUCUUGCGAUGAAAACGUGCUGCUGUAGCAGGAAGAUCUCAUUCACACCAAUCAAUGGGAGCUAGGUCCUCCCGAAUGGUGAGUCUUCGCCCAUCAAAGUGCCAUUGCAUCAAUCCUUUAAAAUUAAA